AUGUCUCAGAUGCGCGCUGUCUUGAUCAGAGAUGGAAAGGGCCCAGCCGAAAACCUUUACAUCGGGGAAGCACCCAAACCCACACCGAACGCCAAUCAAGUCCUUGUCAAGAUCAAGGCGUUCGGUUUGAACAGAAUGGACAUAUAUCAGCGCUUAGGUCACUACCCCCCGCCGGCGGGAAGCUCCACUAUCCUAGGUGUCGAGUUUUCCGGACACAUUGCGCAGCUAGGUACCGCCGUUGACUCAGGUUGGAAAGUCGGCGAUGAGGUCAUGGGACUGGCUGGAGGAGGAGCCUAUGCCGAAUUCAUUGUGCUGCCCCAUACGCACAUCAUGCCAAAGCCUGCCCAUCUUUCGUGGGUCGAAGCCGCCUGUGUCCCGGAAUGUUUCAUUACAGCUUACCAGGCGCUCGUACUGUACGGCGAAGUCAAGAAGGACGAAGAUGUCCUGGUCCAUGCUGGUGCCUCAGGCGUGGGUCUUGCCGUGAUUCAUUUAGCCAGGCUAUAUGGCGCGCAUUCGAUUAUUGCAACCGCAUCUUCCAAAGAGAAAUUAGACUUCCUUCUGAACAUUCCAAACGGCGCUACCCACGGCGUAAACUACAGGACUCAAGAUUUCGCGGAAGAGGCCAAAAAGAUCACCAAUAAGGGUGUAGACGUGGUCAUUGAUUUCGUCGGACAAAGUCAUUGGACAAAGAACAUAGAUGCGAUGGCUCUGGAUGGAAGGAUGACAAUGUUGGCGACCCUCAGUGGAAGCACUGUUGAAUCGUUUGAUCUACGUCCUAUCUUGUACAAACGGCUUCGUAUUCAGGGUUCCACCCUACGAUCCCGGAGCGAAUCUUACCAGGCGGAUCUCAUUCAACGAUUUAGCAAGGAUGUAGUGCCUCACAUCACGGGGGAGAAAGGAGACGGCCCUGUUAAAGUAUACAUCCACAAAGUGUAUUCCUGGACCGAGAUUCAGGAAGCACACAAAGAGAUGGAAUCGAACCAAAAUAUCGGUCAGAUCGUUUCCGUUAUUGAUUAG